GCCAUGCCAGAGCCACUCUCAGGAACCCCCUGAGCCUGUGCCCCUGUCACUACCCACAGGAGCCCAGACACCAACCCUCACCAUGGGCAGCAAGGAGCGUUUUCACUGGCAGAGUCACAAUGUGAAGCAGAGCGGAGUGGACGACAUGGUGCUGCUGCCCCAGAUCACGGAGGACGCCAUUGUGAGCAAUCUACGCAAGCGCUUCAUGGACGACUACAUCUUCACAUAUAUCGGCUCGGUGCUUAUCUCUGUAAACCCCUUCAAGCAAAUGCCCUACUUCACUGACCGAGAAAUUGACCUCUACCAGGGUGCAGCCCAGUAUGAGAAUCCCCCCCAUAUCUACGCCCUCACUGACAACAUGUACCGGAAUAUGCUGAUCGACUGUGAGAACCAGUGUGUCAUUAUCAGUGGGGAGAGCGGAGCUGGGAAGACAGUGGCUGCUAAGUACAUCAUGGGUUACAUCUCCAAGGUGUCUGGUGGGGGUGACAAGGUCCAGCACGUCAAAGACAUAAUCCUCCAGUCAAACCCACUGCUGGAGGCCUUCGGCAAUGCCAAGACGGUGCGCAACAACAAUUCCAGCCGCUUCGGCAAGUACUUUGAGAUCCAGUUCAGCCGAGGUGGGGAACCAGAUGGAGGCAAGAUCUCCAACUUCCUGCUGGAGAAGUCUCGUGUGGUCAUGCAGAAUGAGAAUGAGAGGAAUUUCCACAUCUACUACCAGCUUCUGGAAGGGGCCUCCCAGGAGCAGCAGCAGAACCUAGGACUCAUGACACCAGACUACUAUUACUACCUAAACCAAUCAGACACCUACAAGGUGGAAGGCACUGAUGACAAGAGCGACUUCAGCGAGACCCUGAACGCCAUGCAUGUCAUUGGGAUUCCAGCCAGUGUGCAGCAGCUCGUCCUGCAGCUUGUGGCAGGGAUCCUGCACCUGGGGAACAUCAGCUUCUGUGAAGAAGGGAACUAUGCCCGUGUGGAGAGCGCAGACCUCUUGGCCUUUCCAGCCUACCUGCUGGGCAUAGACAGUGGGCGACUGCAGGAGAAGCUGACCAGUCGAAAGAUGGACAGCAAAUGGGGUGGACGCAAUGAGUCCAUUGAUGUGACCCUCAAUGUGGAGCAGGCAGCCUACACUCGUGAUGCACUGGCCAAGGGGCUCUAUGCCCGCCUCUUCGACUUCCUGGUGGAGGCCAUCAACCGCGCCAUGCAGAAACCUCAGGAAGAGUACAGCAUCGGUGUCCUCGACAUCUACGGCUUUGAGAUCUUCCAGAAAAAUGGCUUUGAGCAGUUCUGCAUCAACUUCGUCAAUGAGAAGUUACAGCAGAUUUUUAUUGAGCUCACCCUGAAGGCGGAACAGGAGGAGUAUGUGCAAGAGGGCAUCCGCUGGACCCCCAUCGAGUACUUCAACAACAAAGUCGUGUGUGACCUCAUCGAAAACAAGCUGAACCCCCCAGGCAUCAUGAGCGUGCUAGACGACGUGUGCGCCACGAUGCAUGCAACUGGCGGUGGCGCGGACCAGACGCUGCUGCAAAAGCUGCAAGCUGCAGUGGGCACCCACGAGCACUUCAACAGCUGGAGCGCGGGUUUCGUCAUCCAUCACUACGCAGGCAAAGUCUCCUAUGACGUCAGUGGCUUCUGUGAGAGGAAUCGAGAUGUUCUGUUCUCCGAUCUUAUAGAACUGAUGCAGUCCAGUGAUCAAGCCUUCCUACGGAUGCUCUUUCCUGAGAAGCUAGACACAGACAAGAAGGGCCGCCCCAGUACUGCUGGCUCCAAGAUCAAGAAACAAGCCAAUGACCUGGUGUCCACGCUGAAGAAGUGUACACCCCACUAUAUCCGCUGCAUCAAACCCAAUGAGACCAAGCGGCCCCGGGACUGGGAGGAGAGCAGGGUGAAGCACCAGGUGGAGUACCUGGGCCUACGGGAAAACAUCCGGGUGCGCAGGGCAGGCUUUGCCUACCGUCGGCAGUUCUCCAAGUUCCUGCAGAGGUAUGCCAUUCUGACCCCUGAGACAUGGCCACGGUGGCGUGGAGAUGAACGCCAGGGAGUCCAGCACCUGCUUCGUGCUGUGAACAUGGAGCCAGACCAGUACCAGAUGGGGAGUACCAAGGUCUUUGUUAAGAACCCGGAGUCGCUUUUCCUCCUGGAAGAAAUGCGAGAGAGGAAGUUUGAUGGCUUCGCCCGUACCAUCCAGAAAGCCUGGCGGCGCCACAUAGCGGUCCGAAAGUAUGAGGAGAUGCGGGAAGAAGCUUCCAACAUCCUACUGAACAAGAAGGAACGCAGGCGAAACAGCAUUAACCGGAAUUUUGUCGGGGACUAUCUGGGGCUGGAGGAGCGGCCUGAAUUGCGCCAGUUCCUGGCCAAAAGGGAACGAGUGGACUUUGCCGACUCAGUCACCAAGUAUGACCGCCGUUUCAAGCCCAUCAAACGUGACUUGAUCCUGACCCCCAAGUGUGUGUAUGUGAUUGGGAGAGAGAAGGUCAAAAAGGGACCAGAGAAGGGUCUGGUUCGUGAAGUCCUGAAGAAGAAAUUGGAGAUCCAGACCCUUCGAGGCGUGUCCCUCAGCACCAGACAGGAUGACUUCUUCAUCCUUCAGGAAGAGGCUGCUGACAGUUUCUUAGAAAGUAUCUUCAAGACCGAGUUUGUCAGCCUUCUGUGCAAGCGCUUUGAAGAGGCCGCACGCAGGCCCCUGCCCCUCACCUUCAGCGACACACUACAGUUCCGGGUGAAGAAGGAAGGCUGGGGCGGAGGCAGUACCCGCAACGUCACCUUCUCCCGCGGGAUAGGAGACUUGGCUAUGCUCAAAGCUGGGGGCCGAGCUCUCACUGUCAGCAUUGGGGACGGUCUGCCUAAGAGCACCAAGCCUACGCGGAAGGGGUUAGCCCAGGGAAGACCUCGAAGGUCAGCGCAGGCCCCUACUCGAGCAGCUCCUGGGCCCCCCAGAGGCAUGAAUCGAAAUGGGGUACCACCUUCUUCCCGGGCGGGGCCCUUACCCAUGGAAAUCACAUCUGGAAGGAAUUCCCAGAGGCCUCCCCGAGGCCCUCCAUCCUCAACCCUAGGAGCCAGCAGACGUCCCCGGGCACGGCCACCUUCAGAGCACAACACAGAAUUCCUCAAUGUGCCUGACCAGGGUGUGGCAGGCAUGCAAAGGAAGCGGAGCAUAGGGCAGAGACCUGUGCCAGGUGUGGGCCGGCCCAAGCCCCAACCACGCAUCCAUGGCCCAAGGUGCCGGGCACUGUACCAAUACAUAGGCCAAGAUGUGGACGAGCUGAGCUUCAAUGUGAAUGAAGUAAUUGAGAUCCUCAUGGAAGAUCCCUCUGGCUGGUGGAAGGGCCGACUCCAUGGCCAGGAAGGUCUCUUCCCAGGAAACUAUGUGGAGAAGAUCUGACUGCUUGCCCUGCCGGUGGGAGCUUUGAUUUCCCUGGCUGCACUGGCCGGAAUGCUCAGGCCUGUGGCUUCCAGCCCAGUGAGGGCCCUGUGUGUGGAGGAUCACCACCAUCACACCCCAUGCCUGGUGCUGGCCUCCCAUGGGUUGAAUCACUGUCCAGGUCUCUGUUUCAUCGUCUAUCUGAUAGGAUUCGCUGCAGAACCUACCUCCCAACUGCCUUGUGUGUGUGAAAUGAUUCAUGUCCUGCCCUGAGCGCCAAGUGCUGUGCACAGUCCAGGGUCAGGGGACUGACAGUCGGGCUCUCCACCUGAGGCAAAUAAACAU